CAAACCACCAUGCCCAAAGCGCCCAAGAACCCCGUCAGGCUGUCGAAACGAGGCUUUGCCGUCCAGGAUAAUGCGGUAGAGCACGUCGAUGUCGGCAGUGCUGUCCAAGAGUCGGCAGACGACGUUCUGCAAGCGAUGGACGAAGACUCGAGCCAGCCUGUGUUGAAGAAGAAGGAAAAGCAACAGAUGAAGCGCGAUUCCCUCCGCCGCAGACUGGAGACCACCGCUGCUUCGCCGUAUUCCAAGUCCCACGAGCGACGGAUGAAGCGCAAGGCACGUGAGCAGCUGGCGGGGGCCACCAUGGGCGACAUCCAGGCUGCGCUAGUGGCAGUAGAUCAGGACAGCGAUGUCGAGCCAGUCCCGGUCGGGGUCACUGACAAUGCAACCCCAAAGGUGAAGCGUAAACUCAAGCCAGGACAAAUUGGGGAAGGCAAGGGUGCUACGCUCUCCAAGAGUCAACGCCAGAAAGUGCUACAAGCAGAGCGCUUGAGGCACCCACAAAUCUUGAAGAACAGCGAGUUCGCGUCAAAUCCUUUCCAAACGAUCCGAACCCACGCACAAAAUACGCUGUUGAGACACGAAGCGUGA